AUGGACUCGGAUCCGGUCCCCUCAUCAUCUCCUGCAUUCGCGACCCCCGCGCACCCUUUGCGAAAAAACAAAUCCAAUCUUCUUCUUACGAGGACGUCUAUACUGCCAAUUUUACUUCCCCCCUCCACCCUUCGGCCCGUUGCUUUCCGUACAUUCACCCGGAAACAUAACUUGACGAUUUCAUCAUCUGCACUACAGACUCUAGCUACCUUCGUGGGCAAAAAUUGCGGGUCAGGAUGGCGCGAAGAAGGCCUUGCAGAGCGAGUAUUGGACGAAGUGGCUAAAAGCUGGAAAAAGGCUGGAGGAGGUGUCAUUGUCGAAGAAGGCAAAGGUGCCUCUCUUAAAACGAUUUUGCAAACCGUUGAAGGGAAUAUGAGUGGGGGUAGGGUUGUUGCUGGCAAGACCCCUACAACAGAUGGCGUGUCCUUGAGUACGUCUCGGAAUAGGGAGAGCAUGCACCCCAAUCUACAUUUGUCUCCCUCUGUAGCGUCGACCCUAGGAGAUGGAGAACACGGGGACUCGAACCUUUCCUCUCACCCGAGAAGUUGGAUCAAGGUAGUUGAUGCAUUUGAUAUUCCACGUCUAACAUACAACGCCGACAAGAAAUAUUUCGAGGUUGCAAAGUCGAAGGCUUCUCUGUUUCCGCAGCCCUCUCAUAAGACUGCCUUGUUCCGGGAUCGUUAUAAUGUGAUUCACCAGCGCUUACUACGAAAUGAAUCGUUUCAACUGUCACUAGGCUCUUCUAGCGUACCUUCAUUAUCCCGAUCCUCAUCGUCUUUUGCUCCUAAUAAAUGCUACAAGCUUACUCCAGUCGCAAACCUGCUGGGCAGGAGUGGCACAUCACAUUUGAUUCUUGGCAUGCUUUCAGUUUCCCCAACGGGUGAUUUGUCCCUUACCGACUUGACAGGGAGUAUCGCCUUGGAACUGAGUCAUGCACGGAUGAUACCUGAGAAUGGCGCUUGGUUCGCGCCUGGUAUGAUAGUGCUCGUCGACGGGAUCUACGAAGAAGAAGAAAACGUGAAAGGGUCGACCUUGGGUGGAAAUACUGGGGUUGGAGGUGCUAUUGGAGGUAUAUUCGUCGGAGUCUCUAUUUGUGGACCUCCCUGCGAAAGACGGGAAAUGUCACUGGGGACCAAAAGUCGACAGACCACGGGGGAAGUGAGCUCUAGCGGGGGGUUUGGUUGGGUAGACUUUCUGGGGGUUGGAAGCGAACGUGCACGGGGACCUCGUAUGAGACAUAUCCAGGCGAGAUGCCUACAGAACUUGCAUGGGGGUGCGGAUGACUCCCGUUGCAUGAAAAUAGCAAUCAUGAGCGAGGUCAACCUUGACCAUGUGAAGACGGUGGACGCACUGAAGAGGCUGUUCGGCUUUUAUAAUGACUUAGCACCGAGAGAACGUCCAAUCGUUUUUGUUCUAAUCGGGAAUUUUGUUCAGAAAGCCAUGAUCAACGGUGGCGGCCAGGCAGCUGGUAUUGAGUACAAGGAAUACUUUGACUCGCUCGCUAUGGGACUAUCUGAAUUCCCAUCUCUGCUACAGCACUCUACGUUUGUUUUUGUGCCGGGCGACAACGACCCCUGGCCAUCUGCCUUUUCAGCUGGUGCUGCUUCUGCUAUCCCACGUCAAGCUGUUCCUGAACUGUUCACUUCAAGAGUGAAGCGUGCAUUUGCUAUGGCGAAUGCUGAGUCAGACCGAUCUCAGUCAUCCGAACCCAUUGGCGAAGCUAUCUGGACUACGAAUCCCUCACGGAUCACCCUUUUUGGACCGGUCCAUGACAUCGCUAUAAUCCGCGAUGACAUUUCAGGGCGGCUGAGGCGCAGCGCAGUGAGCAUUGGACAGAAUGCUGAUAGGUCUACAGUAAUGGAUGAAGGGAUGGAUAACCAAAAGAGUUCCGUAUCACCUGAAGGCUACAUUGAGACCCAGACGCCACGAAUAGGAGCUGAAUCCUAUCCGAUGCCUUCUGCAGUCAAUAUGUCGCGAAAGCUAGUCAAAACUAUUCUGGAUCAGGGCACUAUGUCGCCUUUCCCACUCUCGUUGCGACCCGUCUUAUGGGACUAUGCGUCCUCCUUGCAGCUGUACCCAUUACCCUCAAGCUUCAUUCUAGCCGAUCCUGAAGCGGCGCCUUUUUGUAUGACUUAUGAAGGAUGCCAUGUAAUGAAUCCCGGGAAGCUUAUUCCAGAAGGUGACUUGUCUUCCGUGAGGUGGAUUGAAUAUGAUGUUUCCAAAAACCGAGGAAAGGUGAGAGAGUUGCGCUACUAG